AUGUACCUCCAACCAUAUUGUGCGUACAAUGCCCUGCCCUGCAUCGUUCACCACAAUGAAGGUACGUGGUCACAGGAUUCAGAGGAGGUUCAUGACAUUCAGGAUGGUGACUACCUUGCCAUUCAUGCUCCUCCACCCAACGAAAUACAUGCCACAUUGCCGACACGCUGUGUUGCGGUUGCAAUUCAUCAGGGGAUUGACUUAGACAUUGUAGAUCUUGUUGGAGACCUCCCAGCUCGAGAAAUUAAUGCAGUGCCUAACCCUUACCAAGUGAUGACGGAUCAAGACGUUGAGGCAGAUCCGGAUUCCCUGAUGAUGCUGCAGCACUCAAUCGGAGUUCUCCGUGCCCACAGGACCUCACCAGUUGGAGUUCUCGAGAUGACUGGAUACCCAUAUAACCAGCUGCAGAGGUUGGGUGAAGCCGCAGUUCCAGGGCCCCCACAAGACGCUGAGCCGCCUUCCAAAUGGGCAAUAGGCAAAGUGCGUUUCAACCAAGAGCUGUGGUAUGCUAAAAGUCCGUUCACCUUGACCACAGGAGCUGAUGUCUUCAGUCAACACCUUGGUGCAUUUGAAUCACGCAUUAUUGCCAAGCGCAUUGCCAUUGCCAAGGCCAACCGAGCCUCAGAUGUCAACAGAGUAUUCAAAGAUGUCCGCAAGCCAAUGCCUGUGCCAGUCAGUAUGCUAGUUGCUAAGUCAGUUGCACAUGUGGUUGAAGUUGUCGAUGAAGGCUCAGUUGUGGUUGACAACUCGGAUGCUAUCCAGCAUGCAGCCGUCCUCGAAUCCUGUUCAGGUCCCAUGCAUGUGAUACACAUCGAGGAAGGUCAGGUACUUACCCUCACACAAACUUUGCUGCAUUGCCCAGUCAUGCCAUUGACCCCGAUUACACUUUCCAGAUGGAAACAAGCAAUUCAAGCAAAGAAGCAUCGAUCAGCUACCGGGCUGGAUGCAGUGGCAAGGCAAGAUCUUUUGUCUUUCCCUGAUGAAUUACACCUCCAACUCAUCCAAAUCUUUGCUCAUGCGGAGAAAACGGGCCAGUGGCCACGCCAAUUACUCCAAGGAGCGGUCUUCUCACUCGAGAAAGUACCUCAGGCACAGACUGUGAAUGAGUAUAGACCGAUUACAGUGAUGCCGCUGGCAUAUCGAAUCUACACUACAAUUAGAUCGCGAGAGGUCCUACUGCAUUUGCGCCAGCAUGUGCCUCCCACAUUACUUGUGGACGAUGCAGCACCGUAUCGAAUUGGCCCUCCAGGCAUCCGAGCCGUUGACGGGAGCUACAUCAGAUAUUGUCAAGGCAUUUAA